CAGGCCCAGCUGCGGGCAUUCAUCCCUGAAAUGCUGAAAUACUCAACGGGUCGUGGGAAGCCGGGCUGGGGGAAGGAGAGCUGCAAGCCCGUUUGGUGGCCUGAAGACAUUCCCUGGGCCAACGUCCGCAGCGAUGUCCGGACAGAGGAGCAGAAGCAGAGGGUGUCUUGGACUCAGGCGCUGCGGACAAUUGUGAAAAACUGCUACAAACAGCACGGCCGAGAAGAUCUGCUCUACGCUUUCGAGGAUCAACAGACACAGUCAGUGACAGCCACGCACAGUAUAGCACAUCUGGUUCCAUCCCAAACGAUGGUCCAGACCUUCAGCAACCCUGAUGGCACGGUGUCUCUCAUCCAGGUUGGCACGGGGGCCACCGUGGCCACCUUGGCAGAUGCCUCUGAAUUGCCUACCACUGUUACGGUCGCACAGGUCAACUACUCUGCAGUCACUGAUGGAGAGAUUGAGUUGGGUCUCCAGGCCUUUGUGGCAGCAUCAGACGGUCAGCACUCUCCCCCUCCAAAAAGGUGUAGGAUUCUCAGAGCAAUAGAGGGCAGCACAAAACAGCUUUGUUUCCAGAAGGAACAGCAUUUCCAUGUGAAAGACCAGCUAGAAAUGGUGGAGCAGAACUGGGCGACGCUACAGGGGGGAGAGAUGACCAUCCAAACCACGCAGGCCUCCGAAGCCACGCAGGCAGUGGCCUCCUUAGCCGAAGCAGCAGUAGCAGCGUCGCAGGAGAUGCAGCAAGGCGCAACGGUCACGAUGGCGCUCAACAGCGAGGCAGCCGCUCACGCCGUAGCUACGCUUGCAGAAGCCACUCUCCAAGGUGGAGGGCAGAUCGUCUUGUCUGGCGAAACGGCAGCAGCUGUGGGUGCGCUCACCGGGGUACCAGAUGCAAACGGCCUCGUCCAGAUUCCGGUGAGCAUGUACCAGACGGUCGUCACCAGCCUCGCGCAGGGGAACGGCCCCGUGCAGGUAGCCAUGGCCCCCGUGACCGCGAGGAUCACCGACAGCACUGUCACCAUGGACGGCCAGGCAGUGGAAGUUGUGACGCUGGAACAGUGACGGCUAAGGGGCUGGAUUGUGACGCCGCAGCUUCUUCCUCUCUUCUUCGAAAAGAUUUUUCUACACCUCUCUGGAAAUGCAAUCAGGUGGCGUUUGAGUCUCACCACUUUGGAAGCGAAAGGGCCGCGUGACUACAAUGUAGAGAGAGAAAAAGGCGUGCGUGCGGGGCCUUUCGAGUGCCCACCUGAUCACACGGGAGUGACGAGGCUUGUCCGGGGCAAGCUACGCCCAGCUUCCCUUUCCACCUUGCAUGGAUCGCCCAUUCCUAAGGAGGGCGAGAAAUGGAAAGGUUUAUUGCCCUGUCUUUCUGAAGUUGAGGUCUAAGGCACCUCUCCCUGGCAGACUUUCAUUGUCCCAUUCCCACAGAGCUCACCAGGCCAGCUCUCCUGCCAUCCUCGCCUUGAGAAUUAGGGCUCCUUUUAAUAUGGACGUAAAUUUAACAAGAGAGAGAGAAAAGUCAAGAAGUCUUUGGGGAAAGACACUUUUUCUUCCUUGAAAAGGCAUCUGAGAAAACGCGUCUCCUGGAGGAGACGGUGAAGGCCGUCACCCACUGAUUCUGGAUCCGUGUCCGAAAGAGCAGGCCUUGCCUUCCAGGGCUCUUUCAUAGCCAGGUGGGAUCAGACCUCACUUCCUUCCUUUUUGAAAUCCAUGCUUGAAGCCUCCAGGGAUCCUUCUCCUUUCCCGCGCUGACCUGUUUUUGCUUGCAUUUUCAGAACCUCCUUCUCUGCCAUUGUGAGUUGAGAAAGUUCUAAGAGAGGGCUCCAGGGCAUAUUGUGACGAGGGUGCCCCCUCCCCUGAGGGGCCCCUUCCCUUCAGUUUCGAUCCAUGAACCCUCAAAUUAGUCCUCCCCACAGUCUCAAGGGCCACUGCGGCCGCUCUGAUUUUGGUUCCCUUGUCCACCCUGCAACAGGUGCCCCCUUGCAUGGACGGUGCCUCACCAGAAACCUCCCUAAAACCCCCUUUCUCAGUCAACACCCAUGUGGGACAGUCCUGGGCCUGUUGCCCCUUCCUGGCUGAUCCAGCCCCACAGCCUCGUCAUCCCUGCUAGUAGCUCUUCACCACCAAGGUCCCGGCUGCUGUGUCAGGGCCCAUUCCUGGGGCAGGGCAUGUACUUCAUGCAAAGGUGUGGUGAAUAGGUGGGGGCCCUGGCCACGGACGAUGAGCAGAAAAGCCGGCCAGGACAGUGGUCCUUGAGUGGAUGGGUGAGAAGCAGUUCAUCACCGCCUACGGUUGAAUUGAACAGCUACAUCUGCCCCUUUUGUGGUUCCCAGGGAGACCCACUGUCACAUCACCACUCCUAAAAAUGCAAAAACGUCCACUCCGUCACGGAUGGGUUCCACCUCUUUUCUCAUGGAAUCGUACACAGUAUUUAAUUUUCUUCUUAUUUUAUUUUACACUGAAUAUCAUUUACCAAAACAUCUCCGCGUCAACUUUUCAAGGCAAGGCUUCUCUCUCUUCCCACCCGCCCUUCCAGAUUCAUGUAUUUACUUGGCUUUUUUUGAUUAAAAAACAAAAAGGAAAAUCUCAAAAGUUCUUUGUAUACACGUUUUCUUUUGGACGUAAAUAGGGGGGAAGGAUUCCUUCCCGUGGAAACAACCCAGGUCUUUGAUUUAAUUUUUUUGUUUUUAGUUUUUAAAUAUUAUUUUUUAUUGUUGUUGUAAAGAUACGUCAGGUGUGACUUUAAAGUCGGUGUUUCUUUUUAUUUUUUUCCGGCAACAGAAUAAAGUUCUGAUAGACUGAGAAAUUAUUUCCCUGAGACCCAAAGGAAAAAAAAAACUCCUUUCCUCACCACUACCACCAAGAGCAUGGAAUUUACCUGUUGUUUUCCCCAAUUCUGUCUAUUUCCUCAUUCAAUAAAUUGUUACAGAUGUG